AUGACAGACAAUUUACAUCGUCAACUACGUGAAUUGACUUACCCUGAAGACAGUGAGAUGGGAAUAUUUUUUGCUCUAGCAAUUCCGUUAGACGAUCCAAUCUCAACAAAAGCCAUGUCCAUGGCUUUUUUUUUUGAAGCAAAUUAUGGACUUGUAAGAUCAAAGGACGAAAGGCUAAACUUGGGAAAACGAGCUUUAUCUUCAAACCAACAACGUAUAGAUCGCAAGACUAUUUAUCAAAUGUUAGAAUCUAAAUUCGAAGCACUAGGUUUUCCAGGUCGACCCUGUCUUCUUCGGACUAUCUGCGAGACUACUCAUUGGUCACUUCAUCCUCACAAUGGACUUAUUGGAGACCUUUUGCGAAUUUUAUUCACGCCAUCUUCGUCACUUGAUGAGAAGCUGCCGGCCGAGUACACGAAAGCCGAACGUUCAUUGGGCUCACUAGAUGACUGUGGUACAACUUAUCCUCUUUGUCCUAUCACAAUUUAUGAUUACAUAACAUCAGAACUGAGUAUGUAG